AUCAUGAGCGCCCGAUUCUUUUAAGCUAUCGGUCCCUCGGAGCUCAUCUUCAUUCUUGGAUGUCGUGACCGUCACCGUCUCUGUGGGUUGAAUUGGUGCCACCCUACUAGUUUAACGCAUCCCAAAUAUUAGUGCUCAUUGGUUUGUGUCAACAUGGCGAGCCGUGAAAGAGUCUUGGCUUCCCAAACGCCGGAGAAGAGAGCGUCAGUGGAGCGUCCGCCAGACUCGGACUUCUCCCAUUGGGGAAUAGAAGAAACCUGCCAGUACCUUCAAGGAGAAGGUCUUGGAGAGUGGCAAUCUGUUUUUAGAGAACAUAAAGUAUAUGGUGUCGCACUGCGAUAUCUCAAGGAGCAGGACCUGGAGAAGAUGGGCAUAAAGCCUCUUGGUGACAAACUGCGGUUCCUGCACAGCCUGGGCAAGUUGUGGCACAUAGAAGAGGGUCCUCAAACAAAUAAGGUGUUUAACGAUCCCAUCCAUGGGCACAUGGAGCUCCACCCGCUUCUUGUCAAAAUCAUCGACACGCCACAGUUCCAGAGACUCCGAAAUAUCAAACAGUUGGGAGCGACCUACUUUGUUUUCCCUGGUGCGUCCCACAACCGCUUUGAGCACUCCAUCGGAGUGGGUUACUUGGCAGGGCAACUUGUGAAAGCGCUGAACGAGAGGCAGCCAGAACUUCUCAUUUCUCUGAGAGACAUCCUCUGUGUGCAGCUCGCCGGGCUCUGUCACGAUCUGGGACAUGGGCCCUUUUCGCACAUGUUUGAAGCCAAAUUCAUCUCCAAAGCGCGUCCUAAAAUUGCCUGGAAGCAUGAGAAAGCAUCGCUUGACAUGUUUGAUUACCUGGUGGAGAAAAAUAACCUAAAGCCACUGAUGGAACAAUAUGGCCUGGUCCUGGCUGAGGACCUGAUCUUCAUCAAAGAGCUGAUUGCAGGACCUCUGGACAAAGAUGAAGACCUCAAGGGGACCUAUAGAGGCCGUUUAAAGGACAAGUCCUUCCUCUAUGAAAUUGUGGCCAACAAGAGAAAUGGUAUUGAUAUGGACAAAUGGGACUACUUCGCCAGGGACUGCCACAACCUGGGCAUCCAGAACAACUCAGACUAUCGUCGCUACCUUAAAUUUGCCAGGGUGUGUGAGGUGGAUGGUCAGAAGCUCAUCUGCACUCGUGACAAGGAGGUGGGCAAUCUGUAUGAUAUGUUCUACAUGCGCAACUGUCUCCACAAGAGGGCCUACCAACACAGGGUAGGCAACAUCAUAGAAACCAUGAUCACUGAGGCCUUUUUGAAGGCCGAUAAGCACAUUCAGGUCCAAGGCUCGGGCGGCAAAAUGUUCACGCUCUCCACAGCCAUCGAUGACAUGGAGGCCUACACCAAGUUGACAGAUUAUGUGUUUGAGCAAAUACUCCACUCAUCAAACACUGAGCUGGCUGAGGCACAGCAGAUUCUACAGAACAUUCUUUUAAGGCGCCUCUACAAGUAUGUGGGUCAAACUCAACCUAAGAAAUCCCUGAAAGUCACCCAGGAAAUGCUUCAUGCCUGGGAGGUGGACUUGGCGAAGUCAAUCCCUCAGAUGGGCGCCCUCGAUGUGACUUUUGUGCCUGAAGACUUUGUCGUGAGCGUCAUUCAAAUGGACUACGGGAUGAAAAAGGAGAACCCCAUCGACAAUAUGCGUUUCUAUUGCAAGACUGACCCCACCAAAGCCGUUCAGAUACACAAGCAUCAGGUGUCCAAAUUUCUGCCCACGCACUUUGCUGAGCAACUGAUCAGAGUUUACUAUAAGAAGAUGGAUGACGAGGGGCUGGUUGCGGCCAGGCAGCACUUUGUGCAGUGGUGCAUUAACAAAGACUUCAUAAAACCUCAGGAUGGAGAUGUAAUUGCACCCGAACUGACUCCCUUGAACCAAAGCUGGCACGACUGAAAAGGAGACACGGAUGGUGAAGAUUUGGCCUUUAAAAUGGCUCUUUUUCAGGACGAGGACCAGUACAGUUGUUUGUAACUUUGAAAUAGUGGUGAGUCAAAAUAUCAUUUUUUUUAACGGGGUAAAGCAUAAUCAGAAAAGAAUCAUCAGGUUUUCACACCAAAUAUAUUUUGUUCCCCAGUGAUUCAUGUUGCCGUACUCAGGGUUUUUACGCAGAUUGGAACCUCGGCUUUGACGUACUUAGUUUUAUUUAAAUCCGUUUAACCAGGGUUUUAUUAGGUUUUAUUCUUUUAGGAUCAGUUGCAUUUUCACACUAUCAUGCAUUUGCAACAUGGACAACCAUAACUAGCCCAUAAUAGUCUUUUUAAUGAACAAAUGAUACAGAAUGUAUUGUUUCCAUCCAUUGCACAGCCUCUGCAUACAGAACGAAUGUAUUGGUAAUUGUUCCAUGUUUCCCGUUAUUAUCAAGUAGCUGUUUGUGUGUUUUUUGCAUGCAUCUAUCUUUAUUUAAAAGUUUGAGUGCAAUUAUUUUAUCUGAGAUGUUUGGGGUGUUUUUCUUUCCCUCUUGCAAUAACCAAUUUCAACUACAUCUUAUUUAUCUGUGCGUUUGAGCUUAACAUAUUUAUAUACCGCAGAUACUUCUUUUCUCUCACAGUAUGUAAUCCCUGGUUAAAAAAUAAAAGUGAAAGAGUAUGUCAACCAGUGGUUGCAGUUGAAAACAGUUUGUAAAUAAAACAUUUUCAUUCAUUUAUGCAAUUAGA